AUGCCCAUCUGCAUCGAAUGUUCCUACCCGGUCUCGCACCUGUAUAGCGCAUACAGUCGUGCCGAUGACCGUUCUCAGGGGAAGGGCGUGCGAUUGACCCAGUGUCCUCGCUGCCAGCGCUUCGCCGACAAAUACGUGGAAUAUGACUUCGUUGUGAUCUUUAUCGACCUGGUGCUCAUCAAGCCACAGCGAUCAAUCAUCCGCCUGGGGAUCCUCCUUCUCCUCUUCGAUGUCUAUCUCACCUGGGCCCGCCUGGAGAAAGACCCCUCCCUCGCCACGACCUUCAUAUCCCGCGCCCCCAUCGUCGUCCAAUAUCUCUUCUUCCUGACCCUCAACGCAGUCGCGACUCUCGCGCACCACCUAACAGUCCGCCUACUAGCUUCAAUUCUCGUCCCAAAAUCCCAUCGCUAUGGCGGGCCAGAAGCAAAUAACAACGCCACCACCACUACCACCACCGCGCCUACAUCAGGCACAACCACAGGAGACACAACCCCCUUCCCCUCCGGCCCUCCAACCCCAACCAUGCGGCCCUCGCCCUCGUCGCAGGCCAUUCCAACACUAUCUACCCAGCUUCUAAGCCCGACUACAACUACCUCAGCAAAGAUGUCAUCUAAUCCAACCUCCACGGACCUCACCUCUCCAACAGACCCAUCACCCCUAACCCAAACAAUCCAACAACAACGCCCACCACCACCCCUCCGCCGAACCUCAACCGCACCACCCCAAAUGAUCCAACCCCUCCCCCCACCAACAGCCGCCAGCCCAACAGCAAUAAGCACCGCCUUACUCGUAAGCAGCUGCGCAAAAGUCUUCCCAAUCUUACUGGUAAUCUGGGGCGCCGACGGCCGAGGCAACAACACACCUUCAGAAACCACAGCCACAACCCACAACCCAGCAACAGGAGCGGGAGCAGGGAUAGGAAGAAAAGACCUCGGCGCCGCAAAAGCAGCCCUAUCCUCAGACCGGGACCGAGUCUCUACAUCCUCAUACUCAACCUCUUCAUCGCCCUCGGCCUCGUUCCUGGAAUCUUCCCUCGCGGCCGCAGAGUCGCUACUUCGACCCUACGUUCCGACGAGUUAUCUCACGAGUUUAUUCGAUGUUCUUGCAUCGUUGCUUUCGCUGGGUGUUGUCGAUGCCCAUCUCGUGUUGCUGAGUAAUAUCGAGGCUCUUUAUAUUCUAUUGGGUUGUGGGUAUCUGCGUGCGGUGGCUGUUGCUGUUGCUGGGCAGAUUGCCAGGUGGGCAGUGCAGAGGGUUAUUCUUGGUGCUGUGGGUGUUGGAUAG